UUGUGCACAUGGCCUAACCAUGAAACGGCGCCGGGUCUGGGCGUCUCCCGCCUAAAUGACGCUCUAAAAUGGAUGAUGGAAUCAAAUGGAACGCGCAAAGGGCCGCUGCCUGGAGGUCGCCAGGGCGCGUCUGGAGCUGGCGCUGGAAGCGACAGCAUGCGAACUGCCAGCCGAGCGCGAGGUGCUGCACGACCACCCAGCAGCUCCUCGCAUCCAUCAUCCCCACCAGCUGGCUUGGUGUCGGCAGGGUCUUCGCGGGCUCAGCAAUCGGCACCCGCCACUGGUGGAGUACGCCGCAUGCGUUGGACAACCCAGAUGAACAGCAACGCAUUGCGGGCGUAUUUUAGGGCGAAAGGGGGAGAAACUGGAGGUUUUGCGUAUCGGGCAAGGAUGCAUCGACUUUUUGCUGAGCUGGAGCCAUCUGUAACCGUCACCGAGCAAAACCUGGCAGACCGAGUUCGGUAUAUCUUGCGCUCAAAUACAUUUGAUGUCACCGAACUCGAACGGCUACGACGUGAGGCUGUUCCUUCAUCGGGUGAAAAUGCUGCGGCUGAGGAUGCGGCGCCACAACUUGCUGAGCAAACGGCAAAUGUGGAUGCCGCCGUGAAUACGCCAGUUGUGGUUGAUUCAAACGAUGAUGGAACAGUCGCCCAGGAACUGGAACUAGAGCAAAUGAGGAGUACAUUGGAAGAGGCGAUUGUGGAAACGCGCAGUACGACUCUCGAAAAUCGACCGCGACUUCCCCGCUUAGCCCUAAGCAAGCGGAAUCGGGCUGUCGUGAGGGCUCUGAACCCAAUGCUGGUUACCUAUUUGGAAGCCAGCCGGGACCUUUGCGAUACGGACUCAAUUCUUUUUGGCGCCGCACUGGCAGUCUACCGUAUUAUAGGUGCCAAACUUUCCACGGCUGGACGCGCUAUUGGACAAAGUAGUGCUAUCCCAGCCUGGAGAAUAAGAAUUGAAGAACGUAUCGCAAAGGCUAGGGCCCUCAUCGGCAGACUGAUAUGCUUCAGACAUUUAAACGCAAAAUCUUCAAUCAAGAACUUUGAGGGCCGGUACAUGGCACUUACGAGCACCGUCAUAAGAAUCGACUCUCUACCGCCCACAGUAGAAAUCCUGUGUGAUAUGCAAGUGCCCUUAGCAAAUUAUUUUAGCAGGAAAAGUGACAUAUUCUACAAAGAUCCACCAUUGACGCCACCAGAUACAUCUAACUCAAAUAUAUAUACGUCUUCUGACAAAGGUGUUUAUCAAUUACCUGUUUUACAUUAA